GUAGGGUUAACAAUCAUGGCCACGAAGGGAGAACGCUGUAUCUGGCUCAGGAACUGUGAGCAGGAAACAGCUGAGGAAAUCCCAGGCAGCGAGGGCACCAUCCCACAAUGGCUGGAAGGCAGGCUGACACGAAACGGCCCCGGGAAGCUAGAGGUCGGGGACACACAGUACCGUCACCUCUUCGACUCCUUAGCCAUGCUGCACCAGUUCAACAUCUCCGCGGGACGAGUCACGUACAGAUCGCGUUUCCUCGACAGUGACACGUACCGGAAGAACACUGCCGCCAAUCGCAUAGUGGUGACCGAGUUCGGCACGGCCGCCUAUCCAGACCCCUGCAAGACACUCUAUGGGCGGUUCAAGAGUAUGUUCACCUCCCCCGAGAAGAAGAUCUCCGACAACUGCCUCGUCAGCGUGUGUCAGGUCACGGACGAGAUGUACGCCAUGACCGAGACGUCCAUUGUCAGAAAAGUCGACCCAAAGACGUUGGAGACCGUCGGGAAGGUGAACAUACAUGACUACAUAGCUCUAAACUUGGCCACAGCCCACCCUCACAUUGAUCCAGAUGGAACAGUCUACAACAUGGGUUCUUCUUUCGUGAGCGUUAAGGGUCCCUCUUACAACAUCGUCGAGAUGCCCAUGGGGAAAAUUGAAGGUGCCAAAGUAAUAGCCUCUGUGACGCCCCUGAGACGGACGAGUCCCUCUUACUUCCACAGCUUUGCCAUCACAGAGAACUAUUUCGUCCUGGUCGAGCAGCCGUUGGUGUUCAGAUUUGGGAAAGUGCUGUCUGGUGUGUUCAUGAACAAACCACCUGCAGACUCUCUCACGUGGCUUCCACAUGAAAAGACUGUGUUCAGGGUGGUCAAGAGAUCUACUGGGGAGCUACUGCCUAUCCACUACACUUCAGAUGCAUUUGUCACAUUCCACCACACCAAUGCCUAUGAGGAAGAUGGCAACCUUGUCAUGGAUCUGUGUGGAACAGAAGAUGGAGAUAUUGUAAAGAUGCUGUUUAUUGCUAACUUACAAAAAGACACAUCUGAUAAAACUAGAGUUAUUUACGGUUCAACCAUGCGCAGGUAUGUCAUGCCCCUGACUGGCGUUGACAAGGCUGCUGUUGGAGAGAACUUAGUCAAAAUGAAAGACACCACUUGCAAGGCCAUCAAGCAGGCAAACGGUUCUGUCCACUGCACAACACAAAUUAUCCAUCCAGAUUUCGUGGAUAUGCCAAGGAUCAAUUACAAGAGGAAUGGGAAAAAAUACCGCUAUACUUACGCUGUGGGCACCAAAGGCAACGACUUGCAGUUUGAGAGGAUUCUAAAACUGGAUGUAAAAACGGGCAAGAUGUCAGAGUUCACAGAAGAUAAAUUUGCUGUGGCUGAGCCUAUCUUUGUCGAAGCACCUGACGCCAAGGAAGAAGACGACGGAGUGAUCCUGUCUACUCUGCUUAGCAAGUCAGAUCCUCUCUACGUUGCACUGCUGGUUUUGGAUGCAAAAGACAUGAGCGAAAUGGCUAGAGUAGAGUUCAGGGCACGAGGAAAGGUGACGUCGACUUUCCACGGGCAGUACGUAGGGACCCAAGAAGAUAUUCACGCAUUUUGAGAACUCUGGUGUACAGCAUGAGUAUGCUUUUAGAAGUAAGGAAGAGAAAGAUAAAAUGAAGUAAAAGAGAAAUGAACUUGGUGAGCAUCUACCUGCCUUUCUUGAGACCUCCUACUGCAGCCAAAUACCCAGCUAGGCUUUUGCUAGUCACUUGUUCAUAUGAAAGCUCAUCAUACCAGACUCCUCCAAGUCACUGUGUUUUAUACAUUCUCAGAAUGUAAAUAAAAGGUUAUCAUAGCUCCGGGGUAGACCAGUAACACUGCAAGAUCCAUGAUUUGACUACAGUCCGCUACCAAUCAAUUGACACAGUUGUGAAAGGUACCAGCAUCAGCUAGGGUUCAGAAAAGGCCAAGGGACUAACAUCCUCAUCUACAGGAACUUGGUGAGGCUCUACCUUCCCAUGAUACUUCCUCUAUAAUGGAAAAAUGGCUAAUGUUAGAGAUAUGUAAAUACAUAUGGCUUUUGUUAAAAAUCA